AUGGUUAUCUUUUUCUUUCCCCGAAACGCGCGCCCUCUUCAGGUAACACGGACUACGUUCGCUUCAAUGGACUACUUGGGAAUGUUGCUCUACUUGACAGCGUCCAUCAUGAUUGUGUUCGCUCUUGAGGAAGGCGGCCUCUUUUACCCAUGGGACGGGCCCGUUGUCAUCGCCAGCUUCGUCAUCAGCGGUAUCGGGUUUGUUAGCUUCCUCGGGUGGGAAUGGGUCCUCUCAAAGAAGCCUUGGGUGAAGAACUCGACCCUGCCCCUCUUCCCGAUGCACCUGGUCCGACAGCGCAUCAUCAGCUUCUCUUUCCUAACGGCACUUUUGGCGGGCUUCCCAUUUCUCGUCACCAUCGUCUUUCUUCCCCAGCGUUUUCAGCUCAUCAACGGCCUCUCGCCCGUCGAGGCCGGCGUCCGCAUGCUGCCGCUCCUCCUCGUCUCGGCUACGGGAGCUGCGUUGGGCGGAAUCUUCUCAAAGAAGUACAACGUCAGCUGCCAUGUUCUGUCCGCCUCUCUGGGCCUCCAAGUGCUUGGGCUGGGCCUGAUGACGACCCUGCCCACGGCCUCGCGAGAACUGCCCCCAGCUCAGUAUGCGUUUCAGGUUCUUUUGGGUCUCGGGUUCGGUCUUUCGCUGAGCUGUCUUGUCAUUGUGGCACAGAUGGAGGUCAGGAACGACGAUGACGUGGGCAUAACUAUCAGCGCAAUCACUCAGAUCAGAGUGCUUGGUGGCGUCAUUGGAGUGGCGGCAGCUCAGGCCAUUUUAAACGCGGAGAUAAACAACUCCCUCGGCGGUGUGCUGCCGCCCGAGAAGCUCAAGGCUUUGCAGCAAUCGGCGACGGCCAUUUCUUCCUUCACAUCAGAAGAGGCCGCCAUAACCAUUCAGAGCUACGGACGUGGGUUUCAGUUGCAGUAUAAGAUAAUGAUAGGACUCUCCGCGGCAGCGUUGUUGGCUAGCCUUGGCUGCCUGCAGAAGAAGGCAGAAAGCUUUGAAGAGGUUGUGAACAGGAGGAUCAGGGGACAAGGCGUUGCAUUAGACUAG